AUGUCUAAUAGUUAUUAUAACGAGCUAUGGCACUUAACACAGCAUGAUUGUGAUAUAGUUGCCUGUGCAGAUUUUGAAAGGCAAAAUCAAAAUGCAGAUGCCACUACUUCUACUAUAGGCACGGGAGCUGAUGCAAAGUCAGAACUACAAGCCGAAAUUUACGAAUUCUAUGUACGUUACAUAGGCAUAGCAAAUAAAUUGGAAGACGUUUACGAUAAAAUGGUACAACCACAAAAACUUUUGUUGCUGCGUAAAUUAUUGGACGCUUGUUUAGGACGCGUUAUAGAACUUAAACAUGACCUUGUCAAUAUCGAUUUAAUGGAGUUUAGUUAUAACGAUGAAGUAACCGAUCGUCUUAAACUAACACCCAUCGAUACUGAACUACAUGUGCCGCGCUAUUUUCUACGCGAGCGUCAUAAGGAGAUUGAUCAUCGUAAUAAAACAAUGAAUGAAAUACUCAUUAAAUUAGGCUGGCUGGAAGAAAAUCCGGUCCAAGAAAAAAUGACUGAGAUCGAUGCUAUUCGUUUAAUACAAAUGCAUGAACGAGCCAGGCAAGGUAGGUUGCGUGCUCAUUUUAUGAAAGAAAUACGCAUGCUCAAGGAUAAAGGCAAGUCCGACGAGCGUGGCAAGGAGCACAUUGAUACUGGACUAACAGCUGCCAUGAAAAUACAAAAAAUGUGGCGUGGCCAUACGGCACGUAGAAUAACGAGGCGCCGUAAAUUAGAUGAAAUGAUUUUAAUUGGGAUGGUGCCACCGCCACAACAAGUGCUGAAGCAACGUGCCGAACGAACGGAUAAAUUAAAUGAAAUAUAUGAACGUCGCUAUGCUACCCAAGAUGCUUACAAGGAAAGGUAUGAAGCUACCUUACAAAGAAUGCGUGAAGAGAUCAAAACUAAACACGGUCCGACUAUGACGGAAGAUAUUGCUGAUGAAAUACGCGCUUGGAUAAAAGACUGUCUCGAUAAAACUGGCAAGCUACCAGAUUUUCCGUCAGAGGAUCAAGGUGGUUCACUGCAUCUUUUUAGCAGACCAGGAACUGAAAGUGAACACAGCCGCUCUUCCGCACGUUCCUCAAAGGAAUCUCGGAAAACUAAGGACAAAUCAAAAUCACCUGCCCGCAGCGGCGAUUUAAACGUAAAUGAAAAUCAGGGAGAUGAUUAUCAACCUGGACAGUCAUUAUUUUUAGCUGAUAUAAAAACAGAAAUUGAAGAAUUCAAUGAAGUCUGGCGUGAUAAAGAUGAAACAGGAAAUUUCAGCCAAAACUUAUACGAGGAUAUGAUAUAUGCUGACAAGUACGAUGAAGUGGAACGUGAAUUUCGGCGUGCAGUUGAUGAAGUCAUGCGUCAGGAAUUGGAAUUAUUACAGACCGCUUUAGGUAAGAAAGCUAAAAAAAGUAAUAAGAAGACUCGUCGAUCUGGCAAAAAAGGUAAAAAGAAAAAGGAGAAAGACUUAACACCAGAUCGUACCACUGAAUCGUUGUAUGAAGAGUUGGUAACAAAUGGUAUCAUACGUAAAUAUCCAGAAAUACGUCUAAAUCAAUAUUUGGGUGAUAAGGCUUUAGCUGCACGCAAGGGAACCAAUCCAUCCUCUGGUGACAUAAGACAAGUAUUAAUUGAAUAUUGUAUACUGCCAUUAGGUUCGGAACAGAUUCGUAAUUCUUGUCCUCUGAUACGUUCACUUUUAAUCACAGGUCCUAAAGGAUCGGGGAAAAAAGCUUUAUUGCACGCUAUUUGUAAUGAGACUGGUGCAGUACUAUUUGAUCUUACACCUGCUAAUAUUGUAGGAAAGUACCCUGGAAAAUCUGGUCUUAUAAUGCUAAUACAUUUAGUUUUAAAAGUGUCACGUCUACUGCAACCGUCUGUUAUUUAUAUGGGCGAUGCAGAACGUCCAUUUAUGAAAAAAGUACCGAAAACGGAUCGCACAGAUCCAAAACGUUUAAAAAAAGAUCUACCAAAAUUGAUAAAAAGUAUAGCGCAGGAGGAUCGUGUCAUAUUUAUAGGUACAUCUAAUUUGCCUUGGGAAGCAGAUCAAAAAUUAUUGCAACAGACCUACAAUCGUUUUAUAUACAUUCCAAGACCAGAUUAUGGUGCUUUGUCUUUCGCUUGGAAAACUUUACUUAACGAUUAUUCAGGUGGACUCACUAAUUUGGAUCACAGUGUAAUGGCAAAAAUUUCUGAUGGCUAUACAAUAGGUGCAGUUGAUUCUUGCCUUAAAGAAGUUUUGUCUUGCAAGCGUAAGCUACAGUUACGUUCACAACCAUUAACGCAUGCGGAAUUGAUAAAUUCCUUAAGGUAA